AUGGGUAUCCAGCCUGGAGACCGGAAUGGCACUGCGGCCUCCUCCCGCGCCGUGGACCCUCUUGUUGCAAAGUUUGGACAGUUGCAUGUACUCGAUGAUGUGAUUCGACUUCGAGCUGCGGACCAUCUGCAGUGUCCAUUGCUUGCAUAUCCCAAGUCUGAAGAUGACCCUGCGUCGUACUGCUACUAUACGGGGAGGCAACUGGAUGCCAUGAUUGAUCAAGCCGCCUCUGCGCUUAUCAACGAUGGAUUUCAACCACAGCUUAGGAAGAAUAGCCGCACAGUGGCCUUACUCACUUUGUCGGAUUUGAGGAUGGUCAUCACCUUUUUCGCGCUCAGUCGACUCGGCUACACGGUCAUGAUGCUAUCGCCUCGCCUGUCAGGAGAAGCGUGUGUCUCUCUUCUUGAGAAGGUCAGCUGCGAUGUGAUAAUGUACGGGCAAACUCGCAACAUCCGUAUGAAGAUAGGCGAAAUUCUGCAGCGGAUACCAGUGAGCUGCCAUCCAAUUGCCAAACUCUUCAAGAGAAAUAUGAAGCCCUCCGUUGCGCCGAUUCUCCGCAAGUCGAGAAACGGAGCGUAUAGAAAGAACGAGACUGCGCUGAUUCUCCAUUCAUCGGGCUCCACUGGAAAUCCCAAGCCGAUGUUCCUCACUCACAAAGCCCUUAUGACCCAUCCACUGAGGGGACCGGGCUUGACAUCUUUCAACCCACUCCCGUGGUACCAUCUCCAUGGACUGUCGACGGCACUACAAGCCAUGUGGAUGCGGAAGACGGCGUACUUGUGGAAUGCGGCUCUCCCACUGACCGCAUCCUCUGUCCUUACUGCCCUCGAAGAAGCGCGCCCCCCAGAUGGUGGCAGCUGUGCCGUACAUGCUUCAGCUCUUAGUGACACAUCCUCGAGGAAUCCAUACUCUGAAGAAAUCACUGAGGCGGGACUGGUUGCCGAUUCAAUUACCCGUCCUGCGGGAGAUUCUUGCUGGAACUACCUGAAGUUCUUCGAUAACCUUCUUCCCACCAUUUGGAUGAAACCGAUUGGCCAAUCUCUCUAUGAGUGUGUCUAUCUGGCCGGCCACCCAGCUUUGACGACGUCCAAUGCCCAAGAGCCUCCCGGCUCGUUUCACUCCAAGGACGUGUUCAUGCCUCACCCCACAAUGCCCAACAGAUGGAAAUACGUUUCCAGGCUAGAUGAUAGAAUCACUCUUAUGAAUGGAGAAAAGGUUCUUCCCUUGUCAAUUGAGGGACACAUUAAGCAGGACCCUCUGGUUCAUGAAGCAGUGGUGGUUGGACUUGGCAGGGCAGCCCCUGGCUUGUUGAUAUUUCGACCUCCGGAUGCCGACACUGAGGAACUUUCGGAGGACGAAUACCUCCGCGCCGUCUGGCCGACGAUUGAAGAAGCGAACUCUGAAGCUGAAGGAUUUUCGCAGAUCUCUCGCGACUUGGUUGCAAUCUUGCCUUACGACUCGUCUUUCCCGCGAACGGAUAAAGGGUCUAUGAUACGUGCCCAAGUAUAUUCGCGCUAUGCAGAAAAUAUCGACGAGCUUUACGCCUCGGCAGAGACUUCUGGCGGGCAUGUUCGACUGGAUCUGGAGGGGACGAUGUCGCUUUUGAUGCGACUCUGCAGGGAAGAUCUUAAUGUUCCGAUUGCGACCACAUCUACAGACUUCUUCUCGGCUGGGGUAGACAGCUUGAAGGCCAUGCACCUUCGGCGCUUGAUUCUGCAAACCUUUGGCCUGGAAAAUGGUGCAUUCAGCCAAAAUGCCGUUUAUGAAACAGGGAGCAUUGCACGACUCGCGGACUACAUUUGUGCAUCACAGAGCGGUAGCGGAACACUCGAGGCGGAGGAUGAUAUUUCGCUUAUGAAGAGUUUAAUCCAGAAGUAUUCUUCAUUUGAGCAACAUACGCCUCAGGCGAGUGCUUCAAAUUCAAAGACCGUGCUUCUCACAGGGGCAACUGGCUCUAUUGGCGCCCAUACUCUUUACGAGCUUCUCAGGGAUGACACUGUAUCAGCAGUAUAUUGUCUCACGCGACGGUCAUCUCCAUUGGAAGGGGUUCACCGCAGCUUAGCAGACAGAAACCUAAAGCUAACAUCAAAUCAAGCCUCACGGAUCAUCGCCUUGAACAGCAGUCUUGACCAGCCGCAUCUCGGCAUAGACGAACGAACAAUCCACGACAUGCGCAACACAGUGACACACAUCAUCCAUGCUGCAUGGCCAGUCAAUUUCAACAUGCCUUUGGCUCAUUUUGAACCCCACAUCCAUGGCCUGCAGAAUCUUCUCCAGUUCUCCAUGUCUGUGCGACGCCCUGAGCCCGCAACUCUGAUGUUCUGUUCCUCAAUCUCAACGGCACUUCAUUCUCCCUUAACGGAGAUUCCCGAAAGUCCAAUGGAUCUUCAGAAUGCGUACAUGGGGUACGGGCAGUCAAAGCUUGUCGGUGAACACAUUGUCAACAUCGCACGCCAGACAGGGGCGCAAGCUUACUCCCUCCGGAUUGGCCAAGUCUCAGGUCACUCGAAGCAGGGCUUGUGGAACGACACAGAGGCCCUCCCCCUUAUGAUCCGAUCGGCGCUGACUCUCAGGGCUUUACCCGAGUUGCGUGACACUUGUUCGUGGCUACCUGUUGACAGCCUCGCGGCCACCAUUGUGGAAUUGACAGACACGUGCUCUGCCAACUGUCGCGAGGGUGUGAAUGGCUCUGGCUCGAGUGAUCCCGAGGCACCCAAUAUCGAUGAGUCAAUCUACAAUGUGUGCAACUCUCGACAGUUCUCGUGGUCGGAGCUACUAGCCUCAUUGAAACGGAAUGGUUUCCAAUUCGAGACCAUUCCCUUCGAUAAGUGGUUAGAGUUGCUACGGGAGAGCGAAGCUCGGGGGGAAGAGCUGAUCAACCCGGCUGUGAAACUCAUCGAGCAUUAUGAGUGUAUGCACGGGACAACUUCCGAACAGAGACGGAGUAAGUCGAAGGACUUUAUUACAGAUAAAGCGGAACGGGAUAGUAUAACUCUGCGCAAUGGCAGAUUAAGGAUUAUCGAAGACGGGAUCUUGAACUGCUAUAUCCGGGAUUGGCUAACCAGGUGGAGGACACCUAACUAG